AUGCUUUUCAGAUCAUUGCUUAUAGCUGCAGCUUCGGCUGUUUUCGUUCAUGCUGAUGAUUCAGCAGCCGUUGCUCCAGAAGAUUCUUCUGUUGUCAAACUUAAUGGUGAGAACUUUGAAGAUUUCGUGUCAACACAUCCACUUGUUUUGGCUGAAUUCUUUGCCCCAUGGUGCGGUCAUUGUAAGCACUUGGGACCUGAAUACGUUGCUGCUGCUGAUGUUUUGGCUAAGAAGGAUAUUCCUUUGGUUCAAGUUGAUUGCACUCAAGAAAGGGAUUUGUGCUCUAAGUACGAGGUCAGAGGUUACCCAACAGUUAAAGUGUUUAGAGGAGCCCCUGAUGCAUUCACUGAUUAUCCUGGUGAGAGAAAAUCCGAUUCCAUCGUGAGCUACAUGAUCAAGCAGAGCCUUCCAGCUGUUUCUGUGUUCGAUGACGCUGCUGAUCUUCAGGAGGCAAUUGAUAAUCUUAAGGAUGUCAUUGUUCUUCAGGUUCUUCCUGAAGGUGUCACUGUGGGUAACGAUACUUUCUUUACCAUUGCAAACUCUUUGAGAGAUGAUUUCACCUUCUUCAGCACCAACAAUUCCGAAUUUGUGGACAAGUAUGCUCCAAAGAGCGGAAAGAGACCUGGUUAUGUUAUCUUCAGACCGGACGAAGAAUCAUCCGAUGCAUCUAUCUUUGAGGGCAAGAUUAUUGACAAGGAUAAUUUGGUUGACUUCAUCAAAGUCGAGGCUAAGCCAUUGUUCGGCGAGGUUAAUGGUGGUUCUUUCCGUGCUUACAUGGCUGCAGACAUUCCACUUGCAUACUACUUCUACAAUGAGGUUGAGCAGCGUGGUGAAGUUGCUCCAUUAAUGCAAAAGCUUGCCAGAGAAUACAGAGGAAAGAUUAACUUUGCUGGAUUGGACGCCACUAAGUUUGGUGUCCAUGCCAAGAACUUGAACAUGGAGGAGAAAUUCCCAUUGUUUGUCAUUCAUGACGUCAAGGAAAACCUUAAGUACGGAAUCUCCCAAGACACAGAGCUCGACAACGACAAGAUUCCUGACUUCGUUGCUGACUUUGUUGCCGGCAAGUUGGACCCAAUUGUUAAGUCAGAACCAAUUCCAGAGGUUCAGAACAGCUCCGUUUACCACUUGGUUGGAUACGAGCAUGAUAAAAUCAUUGCAUUGCCAAAGGAUGUGCUUGUUAAGUACUAUGCACCAUGGUGUGGUCACUGCAAGCGUUUGGCACCUAUUUUCAAGGCUUUGGCUGAUGUUUAUGCUGCCGAUGAAGCUUCCAAAGACAAGGUUGUUUUGGCUGAGAUUGACCACACUGCCAAUGAUAUUCCUGGUGUUGAUAUUCAGGGUUACCCAACCUUGAUCUUGUAUCCAGCUGAUGGUUCUGAGCCAGUUGAAUUCCAGGGACAGAGAACUUUGGAAGGCAUGGCCAAUUUCAUCAAGGAACAGGGAAGUUUGAACAUUGAUGGAGUUGCUUUGCAUGAUGAGCAGGAGGCUGUUAGAAAGGCCGAGGAGGAGAAGAAGGCUGAAGAGGAAAAGCAAGAGGUGCAGGCUGACGAAAGUGUUGUUGAUUCUGCAUCUUCUUCUGAGGAAACUACUUCAACUACUACGACUACCACCGCUGCUGCCGUUUCAUCUGAUGCCGAGAAGGCCAAGGAAGCCCCAAAGACUGAAGAAAAGACUGAGGAAGCUGAUCCUAUAGCUGCAGUGUACGCUAAGAUUGGAGAGGCCAAACAAUUCGUCUUGAAGGAAAAGGAUGCCCUUUUGGCCAAGGUCCAAGGUGUUAUCAAUGGGGAGAACCACGAUGAGUUGUGA